AUGCAUGGGAGGGAAAGUUUAUCGAAAGACUUCGAUUGAUUUUUCGGGGAAAUUGUGAAUAAAACGUGGGAUUUUGAUGGAAAAUAUUUCCAAGAAGACCCUCAUUUGUGUGGAAAAUUGCGAGUUCGCCCCUGCCUUCAAGAUUCUCUAUCUUUCCUUAGAAUUCAGCAGGUCGUCGAGCGCGCCAGAGCUCUUCGGCACAACCAGUGUGCGCUUCCAUUCAGUCACUUAGUAACCGCUCGCUGAAGAGGUUGUGCGCGCAUCGAAGUUGAAAUAUUCUCAUAUAUUUUUUCCCUGCCAAAAUUCUUGGAAAAAAACAUAGCAAGAGAAUUGUGUUUCAGUGUCGGAUUUUUCACAACUGAUUGAUCCAAAAAGGAGUCUUCUUUUUUUUUUCGUAGCUCUCAGAGUUGAAGAGUAGGGGAGAAGUUUGAUGAGAUCAGCGCGAAUUUCAUCACGCGAGUAAUUUCUGUGAAAGUGGUCGUGGCCUAAAAUUUUCUCAGUGAAAUAGCGGUGCCCACGAAGAAUUGAUUCUUAGGAAUUCUUAUUAAAUUUGCGGUUAACCCAAAUAAGGAACAUACACGAGUACUUUUCCAUCAUAAUGAUAACGAGAUUUUGCACUUCGCAGUUCAAAGUGUUUUGCCAAAGCUUGUGGUGCAUCAACGAAGUUCGUAGGUAAGCUCCCGGUGGUGGUUGCAGGAGCUAAUUAGAUUAUCACCUUCUUCUACUGCAUUUUCCGGAAACUUUAUCAGUUGGCAUAAUUUAAAGUGUCAAGGAGUUCCUGAGAUAAGACUCAAAAAUAAGUAAUAUUGUGUUGUGACUCAUUGAAAAGACACGUUGAACUUGAUUGUGAUUGGAAAACUGAUUCAAAAAUAUAUAUAUCUGAAUUUUUUUUGACCAAAUUGUGAUAUACAUAUAUAACCGAAAAUGGUCAAGGUGUCUUUGUAUUCUUUUGCAAAAGUAAAAUUGCUGCUCAUCUGCAUCGUGGAUGCGGUGAGCAAAGUGGCGGGAAUCGAUCAUUGCUCAUCCCAUCUGUUCAACAUAAACGACACAAGCAUACAAUUCACCAAGGAAGUGGUUAACCACGAAUACGCAGUUCUGGGACAAUUCAAAAGCCUCCAUUGCUGUGCCAAAGGAUACCGCAGCAUUGAAUGGUUUAAGGAUGGUAGACCAUAUCCGUGGUCCGGUGACGUUUCCACGCUCAUUCUCUACCCGGAAGCAUCAAAUCAGACCAUCUACACGCGGCAUGCAUCAGCCGUGGACAAUGGUAACUACACGUGCGUGGUUAGCAGUGAAACCCUAAAGCUGGAGCAACACAUGAGCCUCGUGGUUCAAGCCAACUCCCCGGACGCCCCACUGCCCACGUACCGGCCAAAGGAUCAGACGGUGCAACUGGGCCACACAGCACGUUUCUACUGUGAGGCAUUCGUGGGGAAUUUGGGUCUGCCCGACGUCAAGAGCGACAUAUCUUGGCAUCGUGUCUUUGAAGGAGAACUCAACCCUGUACUAGGAGGCAACCAAAAGAUCAUUCGAAGAGAGGACAAUCAGAAUGUAGGAGCAAUCCUUGAGCUUACAAAUGUCGACGCAAAGAGCUAUGGACGGUAUUUGUGUCGCAUAGAUAUGGGAAAUUCAGCCCAUAGAUUGGAGAUGUCUGCAUGGCUCUUUGGGCCACCUAUUAAGGCAGAAGACUCAUCUAGUGCCCUACUGCAGUUCCUCGCCAUCAUCCUGGCGUGCAUGGCCUUCAUUGCACUACUCACGGUCUACCGAUAUGCUCCUGUUUGGCGACAAAUGAACCGGAAGAAGUCCAACCAGUGCAGGAUGGAUCCCGCGGGAAAAUUCAACGUACCAACGAGACCAUAAAGAAAAACUAACAAUAACGUACUGCACUAUUUGGUGUCCAAAAUGUGUUAUAACUGGUGUUACUGAUAGAAACUAAACAUUUCCAAAUUCACAAAACGUGUAUAGGUGACUUUGUAAAAAAAAAACUUGAUGUGAACAUCAAGAGCGUGAAAGGAAGAGCAUGUAAAAAAGAAUGAUGAUAUCAAAAGAUUUUUUUUAUACAUAAAAGAUAAAAGCUUGAUAAUGCUCUGUGAAUGAUAUUCCUAAAAAAGCGCAUAAGUUAGCGUUAAAAGAAAAAAAGCUAGAUUUAUUUCUUAAAAUUAGUAAAAAAAAAAGCAAGAUAUGAGGGAAGGAUCUGAAAAAUUAUAAUUAAAAGAAAAGAAUGAUAAAAUACCAGAAAAAUGCCAAAUUUUUCACAACAUUUUUCAUCUCAAAAGUUCACCAUUUCAUUUUAAAUACAAUUCUAUAUAAACGCACUUCGUUAAACUUUUAUUAUACAUACCUAUACCUACCUAUUAUUAAUUUGCAACACAGAAAAAAAGCAUUGAGUGAAUAAAAUAAAAUUAAUGUAGUUAGUUGUAAUUUGAACAAAAUGAUCAAAUGACAAUGGAGAAUAUAAAGAAAAAAAAUUAUAUAGGAAGAUUGUACAUGAUGUGUAAAAACUAGGGUAAUAAUAUUCUUCAAAAUUCUAUACCUACAAUGAAAACAUGUGUAGCAAAAUACACAAAUCUCUUUGCCCUAAACAAUGUAUUUCCAUUAAAUGAAAGAACAUGGUAUAAUUAAAUUCGAUUGAAGCUUCUCAGUCACGCUUCUAUUGUUUAUUUCGAUUUAAUAGAGAGAGAGGUAAUUAAUUUAUUUUCACUUUUCAUAGAGAGCGGAAUAUUUCGAAAUUAUAAUACAGGUUGAUAGUAGAAUUUAUUUAUGCUAAGUUAAAUAUUUUUACAAGUGUGUGAAUACUUUUAUACUAUGUAGAACAAUUAAAUAAAAAUGAACAAUGAAA